UCAGACGGCAAGCCACAUUGCACUGCGAGGACCAAAAGGGCCGAGUGGGGGAAGAAAAAGCAAGGGAAGAGAGUAGAAAAGAAAAUGAAAUUAAAGUGGAUUUGUGCUAUAAUAUGCCUGGCUGCAGAAUUCCAACUUUCAGAUGCUGACAGUAUGAGCCUGAAUGAUCCUAAGCUAUGUUACAUACUCGAUGGAAUUCUCUUUGUGUAUGGGAUUAUAAUCACUGCUCUCUACCUUAAACUAAGGCUGACCAAGGCAAAAAGCAAAUUAGAAGAUGCUCCUGUGAACCAACCAAAUAUGGAAGGCGCAUAUGAACCUUUGCAGAAGAAGAAUCAGGAUGCCUAUUCAGAUCUUAAGUUUAACAAACGACAUCAAGACACAGAGGCUGGAAUUGCAGCAAAGCGGAAUGAAAAAAUUGAUGCUGCAGCUUCUAGUGACACCUAUUCUAAAUUGAAUGCCAAGGACAGAAGUCAACCUUACGGUGAACUCAAACCAACCCAACAGAAACGAAGAGGCAAAGGAGGGAAUGACAUUUAUCAGGGACUGAGUUCAGCAACACAGGACCCAUAUGACCAACUACAAAUGCAGCCAUUACCAGCCGUGCCUCCACCCCCUCGUCGCUGAGAAUCUGGAACUGAUAACGUAAUACCAAGACAACCAACAGUUUAGGAUUAACUCAAUUUCAUCAACAUGAAAGAUAAUGCUAAAUUGAAAAUUGUUCCCAGCAAUAUUUACUUGCAAAUAGUUAAACUCAUUUGAACUUGCAUCAUUAGAAAUACUAUGUGAGUGUUCUAUUGAAAUGGUGCCAACCUCUGCGUUUACUAUCCUCUAAAGAAUACCAACCAGUUUGAUAUAAUCUACAGUUGAUUUGAGAAAUGUAGGCCAAACCUACUUAAAUGUUUAAAAGUCAUUUUUGUUCCAUUUUGGCAUAAAUCAAAAUGAAAUGCUAAGCUGGAGCUAAAAGUAUUUUAUGUCAAAGUGGAAAUAAGGCAUUUAAAUAGUAUUCAAAACGCAAAUAGAUUGCAUAGAAUUGGAAUUAGCAUAUUAUUUUAAAAAUUGAUUAAAAAGCAAUUAUUUGGAUAAGCAAUUAUGUAAAUAAUAUCAUUGCAAAGUAGCAAUUUGUUUAGUUUAAACAUUUCUCUAAUGAGCAAAUGGAAUUGUUUAUCUCUGUAGUAUUGCAGGAGUUGCAGUAAUGCUACAAAAAGAUUUUUGAAAGUGCUGCCUGUGACAGGAUGGCUUUACCAAGCAGAAAUCCGUUUUACCUUUCUUCUUACAACAGAAAGUGAACUAAAAUUGAUGGGUGAAGCUAUUGAUUGAUCUCUGCCUUAAAAUCCCAAAUGUAUAUAAUGGAUCACCAUUACCUGGUGCUGAGCAGAAGUUACUUCAAUGCUGAUGAGCAAAAGUUUCCACCUAGGCAGAAGUUACUUCAAUGCUGAUGAGCAAGUUUCCACCUAGGAUUAAAUUCUUAAAUCCAUUUUAAUUCCCACCUUUGUAUAACAUUAUAAAUGCGAAUUAGGCUUACAAAGUAACAAUCAUUCUUACUAAAUGUAUUUAUUUAAAAUUAGAUAAAUAACUAAAAAAGUGAUUACAAGGACAUUAGUUCAUUAUAAUCUAAGUACUUUUAAUACUUAGAUUAUUAUGUGCCUUUGUGUCAUAUCAGUAUUUUCUGCCAAUCCUGGAUCCCGUGGGCAAAUUUUGUAUAGUUGUUAUCUAUACAUUCAAUACAAGCAUUGCAUACAUACAGGAGAGAAAAAAAAACAGAAUGGCUUGUUUGCUUGUUUGUCAUUUUUUUUUAAAAUUGCUAUGAUCUGGAGUGCAUUCCCUGAAAUGAUGGUGGAAACUGAAUUAAUAUACAACUUUGACAAGAAAUAAAUACUUCUAGGGGAAUGGGACUAGUUGUUUAGUCCUUUCAGAGACCUGGUAAUAUAUACAUGAUGGGUCUUUUGGUUUCUUUUUAUGCUGUCAGAUUCUAUGAUUACAAUGGUCACCAAGGAUAAAAAUCCACAAAAUCAUAUUUUACUUUUAAAUAGGUUGUAUUUUAGCAAUUCAGAAGUAAAUGGUAACCAUAGCUGUUACCACUUACCUUAAAGCCAGUAACAGGUGCAUGCUAUUGCAUUCUGGUUGCUUUUGUAAACCAGGUCCUAUUGGUCUAAUAAAUCAGACCAGGAUCAUCAUAAUAUUAGCUCAUUUGGACUAAAGAGAAUUUUUAUAAUGAAAUAGAUUCCAAAAACAGAAUAUAACCCAUUCAUUAUAAACCAAACAAGCACUCCAGAAUGCUGUUAACUUAUUGCAAAAUGCAGACCGAAGCGAUUUAAAGAUACUUAAUUUUCUUUAAAAACAUUGUUAAGCAUUGUGCAGUUUUACAUAUUUUCAUGUAUUUAAGCUGUUUUCUGUAAUGCCUGUCAACUUUUCUGUAUUAAAAAUAGUAAAGACAGAUCUGAAUGUUUACGUUUUUAAUAUGCACCUGGAGAACCUCUGUAGCCACUCGAGUUUUUGCAAUUAAUUUGCAUAAUUAUGUAAAAAAAUUCAAGAACAAUUUUUUAAACAGGCAGAAGCAGCUGAGCUUGUCUGGUUGAGAUAAUAUUAAACUCCUUUUGCAGUUUGAGCUUUUAAGGGCUACCAUAAUAAAGAGGUAUUGAAUAGAGUGAGCUGC